AUGGGGUUUAAUCAUUUACAGACCACAGCUUAUCACCCGGCUGCAAACAGUAUGGUGGAGAGAUUUCACCGGCAACUCAAGGCAGCGAUCAUGUGCCAUGCUUACGACGACUGGGUUGAAGCUCUUCCGGUGGUUCUUCUUGGCAUUCGGACUGCUUGGAAAGAAGAUGUUGGGUCGUCGUCAGCAGAGUUAGUAUACGGAGAAACAUUGAGACUGCCUGGUAUGUUCUUCAACCAUUCUCCAAAACAGGUCGUAGACUAUUCCGAUUUCGUGUCACGACUCAGGAAUAAAAUGCAAGAACUUAAGCCUACACCAGUAGUUCGCCAUGGAGCUACUCCAGUUUUCGUCAGCAAAGAUUUACAGACGGCUUCACAUGUCUUUCUUCGCCAAGACGCUGUACGAAAGUUACUGCAAGCACCGUAUGUGGGCCCUUGCAAAGUGAUAAAGCGAGGAGAUAAAACCUUUGUCAUUGAAUUUAACGGUAAAGUUGUAACUGUUUCAGUGGACGGAGUCAAGCCCGCAUUCAUACUUUCAUCACCAGAUCCAGUGUCGAAGCCAGCGGUGGUGGAAGAUCGCUUUACUCGGAGCAGGCGUCGCGUUCGGUUCCCGGAUUAUUUUCGACCGUAA